AUGAGAGGACACUUCUCCAUCGAGUGGAUGGCUCAGAGCAGCCAGCAGCCUGCAGGGACAGAGACGGUCUCGGCCUCUGGACCUGGACCUGCUGCCUGUGGGACUCAUUCAGAGAGUCUGCCGGGUUUUUACUGCAGACAGAAGUCUGAGAAUGUACCAGAGCAGCAAGAAGCCAGGAGCCAGGGCCUGGAUGGGUUCAGCCUGAGCUCCCUGCAGCACCAGACCUCUCACAGUAACCAAGGGACUGAGGCAGGUUUCAGCAGCGGGACGGAGGAGGAGACGUCCGGUUACGAGAGUGAAGGAGGUCACUCCUUCUCCCCUUCAGCCCCUGCUGACUGCACCUCCACCUCCCCUGCGUCCCCUCCAUCAGGGAGGAGGCCUCGCACGGCCUUCACGGCGGAGCAAAUCAGCAGCCUGGAGAAGGCCUUCAAGAGGAACGCUUACCUGGGAACACAGGACAAGGCGGAGCUCUGCAAGAGGCUCAACCUGUCUGACAAACAGAUCAGAAACUGGUUCCAGAACAGGCGGAUGAAGCUGAAGAGGACGGUGCAGGACGCCCUGGCUCACGCCUGCCAAGCAAACGUGGCCUCUCAGUUCAUGCAUUACCCCGAGCUGCAAGGCUACAGGCCGGGGCCCUACCCCAGGUACCACUCAGCAGCAGCAGCAGCAGCAGCAGCACAGGACGGUCCGGCCGCUGCCUCCUACAUCCACCCACACAGCCUGCAGUACAGCUCCCCUCUGCCCAGCGUCCCCUCACUGCCCCUGGACUCCUUCUACCAGUACAGCAGCCUCCCAGGAGUCAUGCUGCCCUCCACCUCCUCUCCACUCAUGGCCUCCUACCCAACGUACCCUCAGUACUACUGAUCCUGGACAUGUGUUUACCCAACGUACCCUCAGUACUACUGAUCCUGGACA